AAUGUUACACUAGGUGAAUUUGAGAGAGAUGGACUAUCAACAUUUUACUAACUAGAAAAUUUGGAUGUUUUGUUUUAACUACUAAUGUUGGCAUUCUUAUUCAUGAUGAAGCUAUAUUGGAGGUAAAAUCUUUGGUUUUUUUUUAAUGAGUUUAUCAGAAAGUACAUUUAUGCCCAUAC